GGGCACAAUUGGAGUUUGGUACUUCAGCAUCAUGGGUUGCAAAACAAGAUCCAUGCAUUGUGUCUUGCGGUGUGUGUGCUUCAUGCUUCUUCACUUGUCUUGUACAGCACAAGAUGAGGACAUGAGAUUCAGUAAGAGUGCUUCUGUCUUCAUCGUUAUAUGUGACACAUUUCCAUUGCAUGGUGUCUAUUAUCUCUCACGUUUACUAUAAAAACAGAAUGGAUGUUCAGGAAAGCUCUAUGAACUGUAUUGGUAUUCCUUUAUAAGAAGUGAAUAUUCUUCAUUAAUGUUUUUUUCAAGGCUGUGUAACACCACUCAUGUGUAUCAUCUCUCUUACAGGUUGUAAGACUGUGGCAAGCGAUCUGGUCUUUAUCCUAGACGGCUCGUGGAGCGUAGCCGAUGUGAACUUUGAAAUAGUCAAGCGAUGGCUCGUCAAUAUCACCACAAGCUUUAACAUCGGACAGAAGUUCACCCAGAUUGGAGUGGUCCAAUACAGUGAUGAUCCAAUCAUAAAUAUUCCACUAGGGAAGCACCUUCAUAUCAAGGAUCUCAUCAGAGCCAUGGAAUCCAUUGACUACAUGGGAGGAAACACAAGGACUGGGACGGCCAUACAGUUUGCCAGCGACAAACUGUUUAACCUGUCUGAGCGAGGCCCAAAGGGCAUUGCUAGAAUCGCUGUGGUCCUAACAGACGGGAAGUCACAAGAUGAGGUGAAAGCAGCAGCAGAUGCAGCCCGGAGGAGAGGAAUAAUCAUGUUUGCCAUUGGUGUGGGAUCUGAGACGGAAGAGGCGGAGUUGAACGCUAUUGGAAACAAGCCUUCCUCCAACUACGUGUUUUACGUCGAUGACUAUAAAGCUAUUUCCAAGAUCCGUGAGACCAUAAGGCAGAAGUUGUGUGAAGGUAGGCGUUUAUGUGAUGACAAAAUGGGGACCCUCAUGAGCCCUAUCCCUCAGCUUCACAACAAACCAUUUUUGUUGUUGUUCGUUAAAAUGAAGGAGCGGUCCUUUAAAGACUCUUUGGUUCAUUUAACAUGUUUGCACAUUGCCAAACAUUGAAGCUAUUCAAAACCAAGAAAUGUCUUAAAAUCUAAUGUUUUCUAAAGAUUUAAUGUUUGGGAAUCUAAUGUUUUCUCAAGAUCUAAUGAUUGGGAAUCUAACGUUUUCUGAAGCUGUUGACUGUGGAUGACUAGCCAAACUGUGUCAAGAGAGUAAUGUCAAUGUAAUGUUAGUGCUUCAAGUGAACCAAUAUCUGGGCAAAGAAGAUAAUUAUAUGACGUGAUCUCCUCUCUGCCCAAGGCCUAAGUAAAAUUGUACAAGCAACAGAACCUGAUGUAUUGUUUUUGACCGGAAGAGGCACCUUCUGGUAAAAAAACAAUACAUUAUGAUUUUUUUGGUUGCUUGUAGAUAUUUAUUUAGACCUUUUUUGGAACUACAUACAGUACAUUGCGUAACGGCAGUAAAUUACAAUAGUUGCAGGCAGGGUAGGCAUAUUUGGUGAGUAAUUCUGACAUUAUAAUGCUUCCAGAGCUGGUGAAUGGUAGCUUGAAUGGUAGCGUUCUGUGCCGAGAGGAGAUCUUGUCAUAUUCACUGUCUCCUUUGCCCAGAUACUGGUUCAUGCUUCGGGGUGAAGUAAAGGUUAGUGAAGCUAUUGCUAGGAAAACAGCUGAAAUUGUUAAUGAUCUAUACCAAAUCUUUGUAAAACUGAAGGGGUAUGUGCAUGGCUUUCGGCACUUGGCAAUGCAUCCUGGUAGUCAACAUAGCAAGAAUACGUACUGAAUGCUUACAGCCUUGUUGAAAAUACGUUUUAGAACAAAAGGGUUUCAUCAAGAACAAGAGCAAAAACAACACCCAGAACAAAACAUGAAACAAUAGCUAGGACAAUCGGACCUAUUUGAGAGGUUGUAUCUGAUGUCUGAUCCCAUGUAAAUGAAUAGCCUACUGGAAUAAUUAAGAUGAGUGAUUAAGGUAUGGGUGUAAUGGUCAAAUUCUGUCUGGUUUUCCCGAUGGGAGGGAUGUUCUAUAUACAGACUGCAUAUUUGCAAAAUGUCCGGUAUUCCAUUCCAAUGUAUUUUACUAUAGAUUAUUUGACACUUCGGUUUCCAGGUCAAAUUAAAUAAAUUAUUGCGUUCAUUGGAUUUACUCUAAAUGUAACAUGCAGCCCAACCAGAAAAAAAAGAUGGUGGUACUUCUAUGAAAAUGUGUUUGUGAUGUUCAACCAGUCACACAAAAAUACGUACUAUGCCGUGUUCUUAAUUCUUUCAUUCUCUUUAUUUCAGAGACUGUUUGUCCAAGCAGAAUCUCAGUCGAUAACGGUGACGUGAAGGGCUUCGAUAUUCUACAUUAUCUUAAUUUGGCCAAAAAGGUCAAAAAAACUCAAGGGUCUUUCUAUGGCUCCAAAGCCUUCCAGGUGACAUCUCGAGUCGACCUGAGUGAAAGCACAACGUAAGCUUAAAACACCAUGUCAUGUCCAGUGGCGUAGCGCAUGGGGCCCCCCAUUUUUCAUGUGGGAAGAGAUAAAAAUGUGCAGUAUUAUAGCUAAUUUCAUGCUAUUUUACACAUUUUGCAUGAGGUUGAGAAAAUUUGUUGCUGUUUUAGAGCUCAGGCAUUCUUGAAAGGCAGGACAAUCUCAACUUUUUUUCCACAAAUAUUUGCCUAAAUAAAAAAAUAAAAUAGAUAUAUUUUGAUAGACCAAAGUAUCAGCUAUAACAGCUAUAAUGUAAAGGAACAACCUCCAAUUUCUUUUAUGUUUUCAUAAAAUGCAACUAACUGGAUUUAUGCCAACCCCAUCAGACACCAUAAAAGGAAUUUUAUUUCUAUAAUUAUUGUCCAACAAGUGUUUUAAGGCCAAAAUAAAAAUGAAAUUGGGGAUGAAACAUUGAAUUUGGCCUUUACUGCUAUAGCCCAUAGAAACACAUUGAAUAACACAUUCAUAAAUGGCAAAACAGAAAGACAAAAUAUAAAUCAUAAGGAACAAGGUUUUGAAGUGUCUGUCCUCUAUCUGAGAGACAUAAGAAAACUUAGACCCAUGUUUGGUCACGUUAUUUUUGGCACAUUUUACCUAUGCACUUUUUGCAGCCUGUUACUUGAUUUUCUCAGACCUUUUCCCUGAAGCUUAUUAGUUUGUAGCUCACACGGUUCAGGUUUUACGGACAAAUUCGUGACGAUUUGUGUAGAAAAAGGUUGCUUUCAUAAGCCCCGUGUUAUGGAAUAUGCGCCAACUUUAUAUCUCUGGAAAGAGGGGAUUGAGCUGCAGCCAAGUCUCUAACAUAAACACACAGGGUGCUACUCAAUAUCCAAAAUGACACUGGGGUGCAUCAAUCGACUUUAGGGGGUUUUUAAAGUCAAAGAUGGCUAUUUAAUGAAAACACAAUAAGAUAAUUUUCCAGUUAUAACAAUUAUUGCCAGUUUCUUUUUUAUUUUAAACACUUUUUUGUAGAGUUUGAAAUUGGGAUCCAGACAAGGGCAUUUAGAAAGUUUUUAGAAAAUUCCUAAAACAAAUCUUGUCCCUUAUAAGAUUCUCAUAAAUGUACAUUUUAAGCUCAAAUAAAAAUAAAUAAACAAAAUCCUUUUUUUUUGUAGUAGAAAAAUAACAACAAUUGUCCCGACUUUCAAGAAUCUCUGAGCUAAUUUACUGCUAUUCUACACAUUUUGCCAUGAGGCUGAGAGAAAAUGUUGUAGUUUUUAAGCUACUUUCCAGUAAUUCUAAACAUUUAUUUCAUGGUAAGAUGAUUUUUUUCUACCUCAGUGGGGGGUCUGCGGGGCUGUGUGCUACGCCAGUGGUCAUGUCAAUAUUGCCAUGUCUACUUUAUCACUCUGGUUUCAUAGUGAUGUGACUGACUGGUUGUUCCAUAGUGAUGUGACGAUGUUGUUCAUAGUGAUGUGACUGAUGUUUUCAUAGUGAUGUGACUGACUGGUUGUUUCAUAGUGAUGUGACUGACUGGUUGUUUCAUAGUGAUGUGAUUGACUGGUUGUUUCAUAGUGAUGUGAUUGACUGGUUGUUUCAUAGUGAUGUGAUUGACUGGUUGUUUCAUAGUGAUGUGAUUGACUGGUUGUUUCAUAGUGAUUGAUGAGUGUUGUUCUAGUGAUGUGAUUGACUGGUUGUUUCAUAGUGAUGUGAUUGACUGGUUGUUUCAUAGUGAUGUGAUUGACUGGUUGUUUCAUAGUGAUGUGACUGACUGGUUGUUUCAUAGUGAUGUGACUGACUGGUUGUUUCAUAGUGAUGUGAUUGACUGGUUGUUUAAUUUUGGCCCACAGGAACUUGUUUCCAGAUGGCCUGCCUCCAUCCUAUGUCUUUGUGUCCACGCUGAGGUACAAGGGGUCUCUGCUCAGGGAAGAGUGGGACCUAUGGAGGAUACAGACCAAUAACGGGAAACCACAAAUGGCUGUCACACUAAAUGGAUUUGAACGCAGUGUCAAGUUCACUACAACCAGUGUAGCACCAGGUGAUACUCAGACAGUGGUCUUCCAACAAGAACCUGCCAAGGUACCUCAACACCAUGAGUCUUCCAAAUCACCAAAACAGACACAUGACAUGAUAGUACUUUACAAAUGUAGGAUCUUCUUCUGUUUAUUAGUACUCUGUUUAUUAUUUAUCCUGAUUGCCUAGUCACUUUUACCCCUACCUACAUGUAACCUCCCGAGUGGCGCAGUGGUCUAAGGCACUGCAUCCAGUGCUAGCUGUGCCACUAGAGAUCCUGGUUCGAAUCCAGGCUCUGUCGUAGCUGGCUGUGACCGGGAGACCCAUGGGGCGGUGCACAAUUGGCCCAGGGUAGGGAGGGAAUGGCAGGCAGGGAUGUAGCUCAGUUGGUAGAGCAUGCCGUUUGCAACGCCAGGGUUGUGGGUUUGAUUCCAUUGGGGGGCCAGUAUGAUGAAAUAAAAAAAUGGUGUAUGCAAUCACUCUGGAUAAGAGCGUCUGUAAAAAUGUGAGUAUUAUCUCAACUACCUCAUACCCCUGCAUAUUGACUCGGUACUGGUACUCCUUGUAUAUAGCAUUGUUAUUUGUUGUAUUUCUAUUUGCUAAUUUUCUUACUUUUUAUCUCUGCGUUGUUGGUUAAGGGAUCGUAAGUAAGCAUUUCACUGUAAAGUGUACACCGGUUAUAUUCGGCGCAUUUGACAUACAAUUUGAUUAGAUUUUACCUGUAUUGUUGCAGCAACAAGAUUUGAACGUUUAGUCCAUAAUUCUGCUUGAUCGGUGGUUAGGCUGUUAGCUGGUCAAAAUGAGGCUACAUGAAAAGUGGAAUACUGUUACUAUAACCAUCUGUUAGCGUGGGUUUUCAGUUAAUUUAUGUAAAUCACGAAUCAUGAAAAUCUCUGAGGCAGAUGUACAGUCUCUACAAUCCAUGAAACACAGAGAGGGCUCAUAAAACAGUGAUAGGGUUUAUUACUGCACACACUAAUGAUAUUACAGCAAACUACAUUAUAUUCCAAAAAAGCAAAAUAACUAACUUGCAUGACUUUCUAAGGAUUGGGAGGUGGUGGGAUUGAAGACUGUGACAUUUGAGGAGAAUGGAAUGUAGUGAAUUGAAAGAAUAAUGAUUCAAUAUGGUUAGAUAAUCAAACUUCCUAGAGAUCAGUCACCAUAUCAGACUAUUUGAAAUCAUCCAAAGUUUUCCUACUGGCCAUGUGCUAGCUGAGGCCUACUUUACAAUGGCUUCCUGACAUGCCUGAGUUAAGUGUCUUGGUCUGCGUUUAGACAGGCAGCCCAAUUCUGAUAUUUUUUUCACUAAUUGGUGUUUUGACCAAUCAGAUCAGCUCUGAAAAAUAUCUUAUGUGAAAAUAUCUGAUGUGAUUAGUUUAAAUUAGAUUAGUGGAAAAAACAUCAGCAUUGGGGUACGUGUCUAAACGCAGCCUUUGAUUCCUUACAUUCUGACCAUGUGGAUAAGUGAUUUUAACAAAAAAGAAAAGAAAACUGAUGUUCUAAAGCUGAGGCUGUUCUCGGCUCUGUGUGUUUGUUUGUUUCUCCAAUGUUCUUUCUAUCAAUGUUUUGUGAUUGCACAACAAUUUAAUAUCCAUUGCACUCUCUAGUAGGCAAGUUGUUACAUUUUCCUAGACCUUGUUGACCUUUGUAUAAAUAAUCCUUCCUUAUCCUGUUUUCUUGUCAAAUAGAAACUAUUUGAUGAGAACUGGCAUCAGCUUCGCCUACUGGUCACCGAGCAGGAUGUUACCCUGUAUGUUGAUGACCUGGAAAUUGAAACCUUGCCAUUGGAACCUCCUGCUGGUAUCUUCAUUAAUGGGAAGACCCAGAUCGGAAAGUAUGUCAGCAAAGAGACAACUGUACCAGUAAGUUUAUCCGGAGACAACAUUUUCAGAACCAAUAAUGUGCGUUUGUGCAAGACAACUGUCUACAGAUGUAGGAUCUUAAUUUGAGCCAGUUUGCUACAACAGGAAAAUAAUCCUUCUGCAACAGGAAAUGUGAAUUAAUAUGUGGAUUAUAAUUAAUUGGCAUUUUUGUAGGGGUUGAUACAUUUUUCAUAAGGGAAAUUACAAUCUUCAGAAGCCUUUUUAAACCUCAAAUAAACUAUAAGUUUCACAAAGUUCUCCUGCAACAUGGUGAUCAAAUUAAGAUCCUACAUCUGUAUAUUGGAUCACAUUUACGCAGCUAUUGGUCUAACCUUUUAACAGUAGGAUGUGAAGAGUCAAGAGUCUUCAUUGUCCUUUAAAACAUACUGACCUCAGUGGAUUAGAAAAUCUUGCCACGAAGAACCUCUCUGUCUUCUAUGUUUUAUUUAGUCUUUGCUUUAUUUGGCGAUGUUGAUACAUGGUGUACUUGGGCCAAACAUCCUCAAGCUGCAAUCAAUCAUAAUGAUGUUGUGUUUUAAUGAACUACUUUUGGCUAAGCUAAUUUGAGACGUGCAACCAGAAUGUUGCUGGAUUUGUUUUCGAACGCAUAAAACUUGAAAAUGACCUGCAAGUAAAUCCUUACAAGUUAUCUUAAAUAUAAAGAAGGUGUCACUUAAGUCUAGAGAAAUAACUUCCUGGUAUGGUGAUGAGAGGGACUUAGGACUUCAUUCAUCAUUAUAAAACUUUUAGCAAGAUAAAGUAGCCACGUGUUAAGAUUGAAAUGCUUUUUCCCCGACCUCAUGAUAAUUCCUUUCUUUAACAGUUUGAGAUUAUGAAGCUCAGGAUCUACUGCGAGCCCGGGCAGAACAACCGUGAGACUGCCUGUGAAAUACCUGGAGUUGUGAGUACAAACACCUGUUUGGAUCUGUCCUUGUAGUACAUGUUUGAAGGGAUCACAUAUUUUCCUGUUCUUGAUCACAAUGCACCACUAUACUAUAUGCCACCAUAUCACCACCAUGACUUAGUAUCGGGGGAAAUCCAUACGAUGUUUAUUUUGAAAUCUGAUGAAAUGUCUCAAAAAUAUACGUUUUUCCUUUCUUCUUUCUCCUCUUUCAGUUGUGCAUUGAAUCAUAUGGUACUGGGGAAUAUGAUUCACAAUAUAUGACCUUUGUUUUAUAGAUUAUUACAUUAUUAUUAUCACUUGUGUUUGACCUCAUCCUGCUUUCUGUGUGAUGUGGUGGAGCGUCUUUACCUCUGCUUGCCUCAUGCACAUUGCUCUCCCUGUUAUUUUACUAUCUGACGGCAAAUCUGUUUGUGAAGCAGUGGCCAAAUGCUGCAUUGGCUUGGCUAUUGCUUUCACUACUAACCCACGAUGCCAGACCAUUGUUUUGCAUAUGUUGUUUCUGGAUAUCAGUUUGGGAGAAACAAAACGAGGGAGAGAGAGGCUCUGAAAACACACAACCGCAUGCCAACAUCUCUCUCUCUGCAUGUUUUGCAUUAUUUCAUUUACCUUCAACCAGUGUUAUUGUUUUAACAGAUUAGUCUAUUAGUGUGAGAUUACAGGUUGCCAGGCGCUUCCAUUACAUAAUCUCGCUCCUUUUAUUUCCAGGACGGAGAGGUAUGUAUUUUGGCUGAUGGCUUUGCUCGCUUACAAAGUAAACCCUAGUUUCAUUUUCAUCGCUAGAGGUAAGACUAUACUUUAUUCUAUGGUCUUUUGCAGUGUCACUAAUCUGCUAGGGGUUGUGCAAUGUAUAGGUAACACUUUACCUUAAAGGAAAAUUCCACCCAACAGCUAUCUUUUGGUAUUUAUUUUAUUAGUCCAUUGUGGAUAUAAUCCCAAUUUGUUUUGCAUGUCAGCAAUCAAGUUUUCAAGAUAUGUAACUUACAGCCGGUAUGAUGCAUUUUGCAUCAUAUGAUGCAAUACGCAGCAUCAUAUAAUGCAAAAUGCAUCAUACCGGCUGUAUUUCUGUAUUUUGAAAGUUAUAUACAGUAUCUUGAAAAUGUGAUUGCUGACAUGAAAAAGAUUUUGGAGCUAUAUCAAUACAGCAAUAACUGUAGUUACAACAUUGUAAUAGGGGAGGGAAGGUAAAGGGGGGAUACCUAGUUAGUUGCACAACUAAAUGCAGUCAACCGAAAUGUGUCUUCCGCAUUUAACCCAACCCCUCUGAAUCAGAGAGGUGUGGUGGGCUUCCGGCACCUGGGGAGCAGUUGUUGUUGUGGGUUAACUGCCUUGCUCAAGGGCAGAACGUCAGAUUUUUACCACCUUGCCGGCUUGGGGAUUCGGACCAUCACCCUUUCGGUUACUGGCCCAACACUCUUAACAGCUAGGCUACCAGUAAUAACAAAGUAAUCACAUGGUAGUGGCUUUAUGUUGAACAUACCUAUAGUUACAUUUUACGGAUUUCAGGGUAAGUCCAAGGUAAUAAUCUUCCCUUGUGUCAAGCUAGCAUACAUAUUUGAACUAAUAUGCAGUCAAGGUUUUUUGUCUCUUGCUAUGAACAUGUAAUAUAACCCUUUGUCUCUAGAACUACGUUUACAAAGUUGUUUUGCUGGAAGUGUCUGCUGUGUGAAUGCUACUGUGCUGCUAAAUGCUAAAUGAUUAGGCUGCUAAAAGACAUGAACUGAAUGCACUCCCUUGGCUUUAGUUGUCUGAGAGUGUCUGUUAGCAGGAAAUCAGACAUAUCAUUGAUUCAUUGCUCGAAUGUCUUCCAUAUGACAAGAGUAUGGCUUAGUGAACACUAUGUUAAAACCUUUUACUGCAUUGGGCUAAAUCAGGGUCACACAAAGUAGUCUACUUUGAAACAAAAGUAUACACCUCACACACCUGGCUAUGGGCUUAAAAAAAGAAGACACCUGUACCAUGUCAGAUAUAGAGUUGAAAUGUAUUCAAGUUUGAGUUUGCAUCCCAAUAGUACACUUUAUAUACGUAACAGAAGACAGAAAUAUUUUUAAAAAACAUUUGAUAUAGAAACACUGGAUUUCCGGCUGUUUAAAAAAAACAAUGUUGAUUAAUUAUGAAAUUAUGAAAAAUAUUAAUAACGUUCCACCCAUGAGGCCACUAGAGGGCGAUUUGGUAAUUUGACUGCAGGAAAGGGCUACAUGUCAUUAGUGAAUGGUGUGCGUGUUUCUUGUUUAUUCCAGUGCGCCAACGGCCCUGGUGACAUCGACGUGGAGCCCACUCCAGAACCCUGUACCUGUCCUCCCGGACCUCCUGGUUUUCCAGGCAUGAAGGUCAGUCAGAAGGGUUACACCACGGCACUUGCCAGUUUCUAAAUCAAGUGUCAACUCCUUCCAUCAGGACACGCUGCUGUGCAAAUCAAAUACACUUCUGAAAGUGUUUAACUUUUGAACAGUUUUGUGACGUAAAUUGUUUUGUCUCCCCACAACUUGCAUGACCAAUUCAUCCAAGAUGCCGAACGUACAGCCAAAUUGAAAGAUGCGGUUCAAACGGAUGUGGCUUUGUGCCUACAGUACGUCACGGUGACGGCAAUGCAUGUGAUUGGGUUGUGGUUGGAAGAUGUUAUCAAUAAGACCCGCCCCACUGUCCAAUGUCUUUAUUGAUGGAAAGAACUAACCAUUGAAAUAGGGACUUGUUCCAGACUGUUUGUCAAGAGAAUGUCAAGUUGACUAAAAGUAGAAACAGACUGACUCCUAGGCAAAAUAAAGUGUACUGAAAUGGGCCACAAAAUAAAGUGCUGUGUGACACAUUUCAUUGUUCACAGAGCAUAUGCCAAAGAAUUUAUAAGAUGUUAAAACUAACACUAAAACGUUUCACGAAGUAGCCUACCUUUAAGCAAUAUUACCAUAGCAACAGGUCCUUUUAUUCUGUAAAAGUGUACAAGGUUGCAGGCGUGUUUGUGUUUAUAAGGCCAUAGUCAUGCAUUGGUACAAAUCCUGUUUUUCAACAGGAAAAUAUUACUCUUAAAGGCUUUAAUAAUACAUCCAAAAGGCUACAAGCAUGGCUGGUUCGCAGAUAGACCUUUUGGGCUGAAUCAGAGGAAACUGGUGGGAGGAGCUACAGAAGCUAUAGGAGGAAUCAAUGGAAUGGAGUCAAACGUUGUUUCCAUUUGUUUGAAGUGUUUCUUACUAUUCCAUUUACUCCAUUCCAGCCAUUACAAUGAGCCUGUCCUCCUAUAGCUCCUCCCACCAGCCUCCUCUGGGGCUGAUAUAUUACCAGGAAUUGUAAUAAAGGGCAUCUUGAAUCAAGUAAAGUUCAACAUGUCCUGCUGAGACAUGAACUCAGAAUGAUCUUUUGUACUCUUAAAGUCUGUAAAGCCUUGAAAGUUUUUUUCCAGGAAAGGUAAAAAGCAUUUCUGUUUGAAGCUCCUCACAAAGAACAUGUUUUAAAAUCACAUCGGUGCUGCUUUAGUGCAUGCAAUAGACAAAUGGUUUCUGAGUAGUUCAGCGGUUUCAUGAGUGGUGCACUUGCAUUGUUUAAAAAUCUAAAUGGUCCAGUCAAUAACAUGCUGUGUUCUCUGUCAGGGGGAAGCAGGAACAAUGGGGAACCCCGGUCAAGCUGGUCCUGCUGGUGCUGACGGUAAGACUGUGAGUACUACAUAGUUUAAUAUACAAACAUCCACUCACUUAUCACCCAUCAGAAUCCAACACUUUUGGAGAAAAUAAAUGCAUCGAUAAUGGAUUCAUUGCUAUUCGGGACAUUGCUGAAUGGGCAUUCAAAUCAGUUGGAUGCCAAUUGGAUGUUUUG